CUCAGGUUCUGCCAUCGGACGGAAUGAUCCGGAAACAUUCUCAUGUGAAGAUCGGGCGCUAUCACCAGCACCUCACCGAGCAGCUGGACCUUGACCUCUCACCCCUGGAGUACAUGAUGAAGUGUUACCCCGAAAUAAAGGAGAAGGAGGAGAUGAGGAAGAUCAUUGGACGAUACGGACUGACGGGGAAGCAGCAGGUGAGCCCGAUACGUAACCUCUCUGACGGGCAGAAGUGCCGCGUAUGCUUCGCUUGGCUGGCCUGGCAGACUCCGCACAUGCUCUUCCUGGACGAGCCGACCAAUCACUUGGACAUCGAGACCAUCGACGCUCUGGCGGACGCCAUCAAUGAGUUUGAGGGAGGGAUGAUGCUCGUCAGCCACGACUUCCGACUGAUUCAGCAGGUGGCUCAGGAAAUCUGGGUAUAUGAGAAACAAUCGGUGACAAAGUGGAACGGAGACAUUUUAUCCUACAAAGAUCAUCUGAAGUCCCGGCUGGGUGACAACGAGCCGCAGCGUAAAGGCAACUGAGCCAGCGCGUUGUCACCGC